AUGGCGACGUCAGAAGACGAGUUGAUCGGGAUCCCGUUCCCGGAACACAGCAGCGAUCUCCUGAGCUGCCUGAACGAGCAGCGUCACCGCGGCGUGCUGUGUGACAUCACCAUCAAGACGCAGGGAUUGGAGUACCGCACCCACCGCGCCGUGCUGGCCGCCUGCAGCCAAUAUUUCCGCAAGCUGUUCACGGGGGCUCCGCCCACCAAGUCGUCCCGCGACGUCUGCCAGCUGGACUUCCUGAAACCCGACGCUCUGGGCGCCCCUCCUGGACUUCGCCUACACCGCCACGCUCACCAUCAGCAACGCCAACAUGCGCGACGUGCUGCGCGCCGCGCGCCUCCUGGAGAUCCCGUGCGUGGUGGAGGCCUGCGUGGAGAUCCUGCGAUGUAACGGGGGGCGGGAGGAGAUGGGCGGAGACGCCGAAGAUCUGGAGGGCUUCCUGCGGGCCGCGGCAAUAUCUGGAGUGUUACGGCAUGCAGGAAAACGGCGAAGAUGCCACGCCCCCCCUCCGGAGCCGGAAAGCUCCCUGCUUCCGGUGCAUUCCAUGCCGGCGCCGCACAAACCGGUGCAACUUAUCCCCCCGAAAAGGCCGGAGGAAGUUCCUGCAGGUGAACCCGAGUCAGAGGCCCGCGCAGAACGGCAGUCCGUAUAUCGUGGACGACGACUCCACGGAAAGGGCCGAGAGCCCCGCAGAAGCGGCAUCACCGGCAGAACUACCGCCAGGCGACGGCGGCCUCCACUACGAGCGAUUCACCCCCGACAACGGCCUGGGGGGCCAGCACAUGUUCGUCCCCCCUUCUCCACCCGACGAAAUCCUGUCUGACGAAGAGCCCACCGACAUGACCUUCCUGGGGCCCCUGGACCCCGAGCACCCGGAACUGAUGGCCUCUUCCCUGGACGGCACCGACAAGCUGGUGAGGAAACGGCGAUCGCAGAUGCCGCAGGAAUGUCCCGUCUGCCACAAGAUCAUCCACGGGGCCGGAAACUCCCCCGCCACAUGCGCACCCACACCGGGGAGAAACCCUUCGUGUGCCAGGUCUGCGGAGAUCCGAUUCACAAGAAUGACAAGCUGAAGAUCCACAUGCGGAAAACACACACGGGCGAGCGCCCCUACUGCUGCGAGCAUUGCAGCGCCCGCUUCCUGCACAGCUACGACCUGAAGAACCACAUGCACCUUCACACCGGGGACCGGCCCUACGAGUGCACGCUGUGCCACAAGGCCUUCGCCAAGGAGGACCACCUCCAGCGCCACAUGAAGGGGCAGAACUGCCUGGAGGUGCGCACCCGCCGCCGACGCAAAGAAGACCCCCCGGCUCCGCGCAUCAUCCCCACCCCCCCGCCCUCGACCUCACCAACGGCAAGAUGGAUGACCUCCGCCUGUCCAUGCUGCGCUACUGGAGCCUUCCUCAACCGCACUCAGGAGGGGGCAGCCCUGAGGGGCCCUUGGUACUGGACCCUUCGUAGCACUUUGGUGGCGGUAAACGCCCCCCCCCCAAACCCCCUUCCGCAGCGGGGGGGGGGGGGAGAGAGGGGGAGGGGUCCCCGAGAAAAUUUUUAG